GCCCGGCCUGGCUCGGCCCGGCCCGGCCGGAGGAUGACGGAGCUGCAGUCAGCGCUGCUCCUGCGGAGGCAGCUGGCAGAGCUCAACAAGAAUCCGGUCGAAGGAUUUUCAGCUGGCUUAAUAGAUGACAACGAUCUGUACAGAUGGGAAGUCCUCAUCAUCGGCCCCCCAGACACGCUGUACGAAGGGGGUGUUUUCAAAGCUCAUCUCACUUUCCCAAAAGACUACCCCCUCAGACCACCAAAAAUGAAGUUCAUCACAGAGAUAUGGCACCCAAAUGUUGACAAAAAUGGUGAUGUGUGCAUUUCUAUUCUUCACGAACCUGGGGAAGAUAAAUAUGGCUAUGAAAAGCCCGAAGAGCGCUGGCUCCCCAUCCACACGGUGGAAACCAUCAUGAUUAGCGUCAUUUCUAUGCUGGCAGAUCCCAAUGGAGACUCGCCCGCGAACGUGGACGCAGCCAAAGAAUGGAGGGAAGACCGGAAUGGAGAAUUCAAGAGGAAAGUAGCCCGCUGUGUGAGGAAAAGCCAAGAGACUGCUUUCGAGUGACCUUUGGGUAGCAGCUCAUAGCUUCACUUUUUCAGGGUCUCCACUUGGGAAACACGGCACUCUCCCCACCUAGCUGGACUGAUGUAGCGAGUUGGCGGAUGCUGGCUGGACGGGGCUGCUACCAAACACACCAGUUAUCAGUGCUGACAAGAGCCUCCCAAGUGCCAACUUAGAGAUGACGAUGCAUUCUGAAUUCUAAUGAACUGCUUUAACCUUCAGGAAGAAUUGUAAAGACAUGUACAUAGCACAGCGUGCCCCGGAGACUAUCUGUCCUGCCCGUGUCCACCCCAUCCGCGGUGUACCAAAUGAUGCUCUCGUAGUUAGACUAAGAAUCGUGUACAUUCGAAAGAUUUUAGCAGGUUUUCUUUCCCUGUUCAUUGUUUCUUUAUCAGUUUAAAGAGACUUCUUAAAGCAUGUCAGAUUAAAACCAAUUAGGAUUAAACUUGUCCAUUUACUUUUCCUUUAAACCAUUGAGGCUUCAUUAAACGCUUUCAUUUACUAGAC